CAUAGAUUCUAUGACAUUCUAAUUUUAUUUAUUUUUUUAUACCAACAUAUACAAAAUAAUUUGACUGAAAAUGUCUAAGAGAACACGAGAUGCUGAAGAAGGCAAAAAGAAAAAAAUUGCUCGUUCGCGUUUUCGAAAUUUAAUACGCAGUGUGGCAUUAAACCGCAUUUGGUUGGUGGAUGCCGGUGAUCAAAAAUUAUCGUUAAAUGUCAAGAAAAAUAUAGCUAUGCUUGUGAGAACUCAGCGUAAAAUUGGUCUGCUAACAAUGGCGGAAAAAUCUUUGAUUAGAACUCAUCAUGCACUGCGCACUACUGAAGAACGGAAAAAAUUAGUGUCUUUGAUGGCUAGUUUAAAUUGUUUUAAUAAAAUUCCACCGAAAAUUCGAGCUCGAUUGGCAAAAUACGUAAAAUUUAUGGUGAUUGGCCCUGGUCGAAAAUUAAUUAAUGAAGGUGACUGGCCAAUGAUGGUGUAUUUUAUACUUACGGGUGAAGUAGAAGUCAGCAAAAGGGCAUAUGAUCAUUUACAGCAUUGUUGGGUAAAUCGAGUAGAAAAGAUAUGUGGUCCAGGAGACUGUUUGGGCGAUGGCGAAUUAAUAGAAAGAAGUGUAAGAAGACAUACUUACACAACUACAAAUGUGGUUGAGCUGUUGGUGGUAUUUGAAGAGGAUUUUGAACUGGUACUACGGCCUGAAAUGGAACAACAAUGGACAGAAAAGAAGAGUGCAAUCAUGGCAUUAGAUUAUUUUAAAUUUUUUACAAGAGAUCAGAUUGCAAAUGCUUGUAAGUUGUGUGUGUUGCGCCAAUUCGAACCUCUGGAAACCAUCUACUACGAGGACAAGGGCCAGUUGAGUUACGUUCAUUUUGUCAUUAGUGGUGAAUGCAUGAUUUUGCAGUGUUUAAAAAUGAUGGUCAGCCAUAAACGAGGUGUUAAAAGUUUCGAACUCGCUGAUAUAACCAAAGAGGGCUCCAAAUCAAUAUUUCAAGAUAUCUCUAAUACGCAGCUUUUAAAGAUUUUAAGAGAGGAAAAUAAUUCAGUAAAUAAUUCUGCUUAUGAUGUUGACGAGAUAAUUGCUUCCGAUGAUAAUGAAACUAUUAAGCAAUCUACUAAAAGUCGUGAUUUUAGACAGAUCGAUAUCAAAAAUAUGGAAAUAAGAUGUGGUUUAGCAGAACCAAGCGAAAGUGAAGCUGAAGAAUCUAAAGAAUGCUCCAAAAAAAUUUCAGAAGAUAAUUAUAACCAGCUGGAAGUAAAAACGGAACAACCACAUCAUAGAAAUGAAAUUGGUGAAGAAACAAACUAUGGAAUUGGAAACAAGCAAACAGCAGACAUUAAAGGCUCUGAAAAUAACCAUAUGGGAAACGAUACUACAGUAACCUCAAAUAGCAAAAUUACCAAGAAAGAUAUCAAACCAGAUAAGGGUGCUAUUUUGUCCCCCAUGCGAUCGAGCCAUACUGAUUUCAUAGAUCCAAAUGCAAUCCGAACCUCUUUUGAUGACCAAAGUAAAAGACCUAGUAAAAGUGACAAGAAACGAUUCACUUUACAAUCAUUACGUGAGUCAAUACGUGAUUCUUUGUGUGGAUCUUCACGUUCAGCUGAAACUCCUUCUUAUCAGCGACCUAUUGGAAAACUGGAAAAUCAUUUUAUUGAUGUGGGAUCUCUAACAUUUGGAAGCAUUUUUGGUCUUGGUGAAAAACUUGAGCAUCGAGUUGUAAUGGCUCGUACAACUGUGCAAUGUUUGAUGAUACCACGAUUUUGGCUCCUUGAGAAAGACCAAAACCCCGGCAAUAUUUGGCAAAGAAGACGAUUUUACCUAGACACGACCAUACCUUCAAGGCAAACUCUAUUUAAGGACUUUUUAUAUACUCGCCAAUGGCAGAAAUUCAAAACGAAUCUUAUUCAAAGUCAUUUGAAUCCAAAUUCGAUAGCCAAUCCCACUCGUGUCCAAGAUAUACCAAUAAUAUGUCGCAUAGUCGAAGCACGUGAUGACUAAUUUUAUAUUUCACAUUUGUUUGAAUACACACUUUAGUAGCACUUCUUUGAAAUAAAUCAAUAAAUGUGAUUUUAU